CUUAAUAUACAUAUAUAUAUAUACACAAAUACUUCUAUUUAACUUUUGCAGUAAACAUGGAAAAUCAAGACCCUGCUGUUGUUGAGGCAGUAAAAGCAUCAGGCGAGUCCACCCUGGAGAAGGCUACUGCAAAAGCUAAAGAAAAAAUCGACCAGUUGUUAAAUGUCUCACUUAACAUCGCCGUGACUGGAAAGACAGGAUCGGGAAAAUCCUCCUUCAUAAAUGCACUUAGAGGUGUAAAUGAAGACGAUGAUGGAGCAGCACCUACUGGAGUCACAGAAACUACAAUGAAGGCCACCAUGUAUGAGCAUCCUACAGUGCCAAAUGUGAAGAUCUGGGACCUGCCUGGAAUAGGAAGUCCAAACUUCAAAGCAGAUAAAUACCUUAAAGAAGUCAAACUUGACACCUAUGAUUUCUUCAUUAUCCUGAACUCAGAGAGGUUCAUGCAGAAUGAUGUCAUGCUGGCUAAAGAAAUAAGAAAACAGAAGAAAAACUUUUACUUUGUUCGUUCCAAGAUUGACAAUGACAUCAGAGCAGAGGAAAAGAAAAAAGGAUUUGAUGAGCAGAAAGUUCUUUCUAUAAUAAGAGAGGACUGUCAGAAAAACUUGAAAGAACUGGGAGACCCCAAAGUUUUCUUGAUAACAUCUUUUGACUUGGACAAAUAUGAUUUUGAAAUAUUUCAAAACACUCUCGAAGCAGAGCUUCCAGACCAUAAGAGAUCUGCUCUUCUACAAGCCUGGCCACUGUGCUCCACAGCAUCUCUUGAGAAGAAGAUCAAAUUCUUUGAAGGCAUGAUCUGGGCUGCAUCUCUUGCCUCUGCUGGUAUAGCAGUGGUCCCUGUGCCUGGUCUAUCAGCAGCAUGUGAUGCAAGCAUGGUGUUGCUUUUCCUCACAAGGUGCUACUAUGCAUUCGGUUUGGAUGAUGGAUCACUGUCAAGGCUUUCAGAAAAAGUGAACAAGCCCUUGCUGGAACAUCUGGCCAAAUCAAAGUUUGCGUCUGCCAUCCGUGAAAAAACAAUAGCCAGAUUACAAGUCUCUGCUGUACUUGCAACACUUUCUGCCAUUGAAUAUGCUGCAAGUCUCGUUCCAGGUGUGGGCAGUGUUGCUGCUGCAGGAAUAUCCUUUGGUACUACUUAUUUUCUCUUGAGAGAAGGAUUAAAUGAACUGGCAAAUAUUGCUCGAGAAAUCAGAAAAGAGGCGGAGCUGGACACACUAUGCAUUAACUGAACAGCUCAAUUGUAUUAACCCUGAGAUAAACAUUUCCCCUCAUUGGCUGCCUGAGGGGGUCCCUCAUUAAUAAUUAAAGAUGUGAUUACUCAGUAGUAGGCCUCUAUCUUCUGGUUACAACGCUCAUUCAUCUGCUGUUACAACUGCGCUUUGUAUUAUAUGUAUGUAUAAGACAGUAGCUGCUGUGCAUAAGCCACCUGUUCCCUGCUAAAAAAAUUUUUAUGUUUUUUAGACUGUGAGCUGAGAAAGGAGAUUAGAGUACCAGUAUGUCUAUCAUAUGGAUGAUUUCAGAUGUCAUUAACACUGUAUUAGAGGAAACUGUAACUGUUAAUCUGGUCUGUGUAUUUCAGUUAUGUGUCUUUGUUUUCAGUCAGUUUCCUGUUCUGUUCAGGUAUCUGGUUUCUCAUUGUUUGAUUUGUUUGAAUUAGGUAUGUCUAAUUUUCUUGAUUAGAUUGUUUGGGAAUUUUAAGAUCUGUGUUUCUUUCACUGCUGGAAAGGGUUCAAAUAUGCGAAAAUGCUUGAAAACUGAUGAAUCUGCAGGACCUGGAGGAAUUUUCUGAAGAACAGAGCUCAGUUUAACUGCUCAGGACAGA